GAAGUUGUGCAGCGGUGAGAGGUUUCCCCGGCCGUGUCCCUGCUGCCGUGAUGGCUCUGUGGUGGAGGAGGAGCAGGACGUUGAGGUUCGGGCUGCCCAUGCUGCUACUUAUUGUUGGAGGAUCUUUUGGUCUCCGUGAAUUUGCCCAAGUUCGGUAUGAUGUCCAAAAGGUGAAGAGAAAGAUGGAUCCAGCACUUGAAGCACAGUUGAAGAAGAAGAAUAAAGACAAAAUUACGUUAGAAUCAGAAUAUCAGAAACUUCAAGAGCCUAACUCUGACUGGAUAAACAUCAGAGGACCUCGCCCCUGGGAAGAUUCGAAAGCUGUCCAAGAUCAGCAAAGGAAGAUUGAGAAUGGAAGCAGCAUUAAAUAAUGUCAUCAAUCACUGAUUAUUAUUAAUUUACAUCUGAGAAUGGAACUUUAUACAAUAUAAUAUUAUUGCAUUACAUGUUUGUGUUUUUACAUUGAUUUACUAACAUGAGAACUGUAAAAUGGCAGCUCAGAGAGAAUGUGAAAGGAUCCACCGAUUGUAUUGCCAAUCUCUUACAAUGUAUGAGAAAGGACAUUUCCUUUGAAAUUAUCUUUGAAGGUUUCAACAACGUGAAGUGGAUUUUUAACUUCUGCGACAAGAAAUUACAGCCAAAUGCUACCCUUAUUUUUUUAGUGUUAGAACACUGCUCUCAAGCAGCAGUUUCCGUUCCUUAGCAACCACUUCUGGUAGCUCUGAAUUGGUACUUGCACGAGGCCUGUGAAAGAUGCUGCUUUUUGUGAGCCUGUUCAUGUUGACUGUCAAUUGUCGAGCUCCAGGUAGCAGGCUAAGUCCGUUUCCUGCUUUAGCGUAAAUGCUUCUAUAAUUGCACAUCCCCAGAGGUUCUCUGUCUACCCCUUGAGGAAUUUCAUUGAAUAGACAGAACACUUACUGCAGCUUUUUUUUUCAAAUAGUUGAUCCCUCCAGUGAAAGCUAGUUGCAACUUUUUCUGUUAGGCAUCCCCACAACCAUUUCUUCAUCAGGAAAUUGAAGAACUGUAAUAUCCAAAAUGGCCCUGGGCAAGCUAGUAGCUUGUAAAUAAUCUGGCAUUGUUAUGAGGAAAGUUAACCUUCAGAAAAUGUCUUGCCUUGCAUUUUAUUGGCCCAAACAAUUUCAGGUGCCUAAAGUGUUACAUUUCUCUCUUGUCAAAUGUAUGGGAAUUUUUUUCAAUGAAAAGCAAUAAAAUGUGAUUAUUUUUUAAGAA